AAAGCAGAGCAUCCUUCCUGUGAUAUCUCUGCGAGGAAACAGACAUGAUAUCGCUGUGGAACAGUUCUUUACAGGAGAAGAUAGACGAGCUUCAUGACGACACUUGGAGCAUUGAAAUUAAUGACUCGAUUGAGGAAAACAGACCAGCUCGUGACUGGCACCAGUACAUUUCUGGCUCCUUUGCACAGUUCAAGUGUUCUCUUUGUAAAAAAGGCUGGGGGUCUAAAAGAGUGCAGGUGCUGUUCCAUUUCGACCUGAACACAGCAAGCAAUCGGGGAACCAUUAAAGUGCGACGCUUCAAACAGAAGUGCAGGAGAUGUACAGAAGCUCCGUGGGAGGAACCAAACUUCCCAGUGGAAAACAUUGAUGUGCUUGUUGAGAGACUGGUUAAAAAUAUCCGUGUGAAAUGCUACAGAGAAGACCUGGGUCAAACGAACAGACCCUCCGUGUUCAGUGGCAGAGUUAAUGGGCCGCAUGAAACUGCUCACUGUGAAGCCUGUCAUAAGGGUGUCUGCAGUCAGGCCAACUGAGACCAAUAAAUCAGCGGAUAGUUCUUAUUUAUUAUUAUAAAUGGUUUCACAAUGAAAACAAAGGAAUAACAAGGAAUGUGGUAUUUCUUUUAUAUAAUUCUAUAUAAUUUAAAAUGUGUAAUAUUUUACAAGACACUGCUGCAAACAUUAUAAAAGAUCCAAAAAGUCACUGAUG